CUAGGGACUUGCGACUCGUUGCUACGGACUUACACGUUGUCGAGCACUCCACAGAAUCUAGAACUUGCUUCACCUACAAAAAUAUCAUAUCACAAACCAAUUUCAAUUGUAAACGAGAACAAUCGAAAUGAUCAAAGUGCUGUUUAAUGAUGUUUGAAGUCAAUGACUGCCACCCUGGAGGGGAGAACUCCGGGCGGAAGACUGAGUGGGUGCACGGUUCGCUGCCGGUUGCUAUUAGAGAGGGAACCAGUUGUCAUGGCGGCGGUGGUGGCUGAGGCAGAGGGCGAGUCGGAAUGGACCGGGUUCUUUUCCGACUGCGUACCGCCGCCGAACGCGGACGCCUCGGCCCAGGCUAUGGCCGAGUUCGCGCUGCAACACGCCGGCCAAGGCCGCAGGGUGGUGCUGGUGACCUCGGGCGGCACCAAGGUGCCGCUUGAGUCGCGGACCGUCCGCUUCCUGGACAACUUCAGCAGCGGCUGGCGCGGCGCCGUGUCCGCCGAGUACUUCCUAAACCUGGGCUACGCCGUGAUCUUCUUGCACCGCCACCGCUCGCUCUUCCCAUUUUCCCGGCGCUACUCUGGCCUCAAUAUCUUGGACACGUUGAAGGCCGUGCAGGACGCCUCGUCCACCUGCUGGCGGGUGGAAGCUGACCAGUCAGUGCUGCCGGACAUCGUGCCGGUGUUGCAGCGUUACACCGCCGUACGAGAAGCCGGCUUGCUCCUGUCCAUGGAGUUCAACACCUUGUCUGAUUACUUGUACCUGCUCAGGGCGGCGGCUCAGGCGCUUAACCCCAUUGGACCAAGAGCAAUGUUCUACCUUGCAGCAGCCGUGUCGGAUUUCUUCAUUCCUGCAUCAGAGAUGCCAGAGCAUAAAAUUCAGUCGGGUGCUAGCCCUCUGCAGUUAACUAUGCAAAUGGUACCCAAGAUGCUUGCUCCUCUUGUGAAGGACUGGGCUCCUCAUGCAUUUGUCACAUCCUUUAAGUUGGAGACUGACUCGUCACAGCUGGUUGCUCGAGCACGUAAAGCUUUAGCAACUUACAGACAUCAGGUGGUUGUUGCCAACAUUCUUGAAACGCGGAGGGUGUACGUACUCAUAGUCACCGAGAAUUCACAAAUUGAUCUCGCACUUUCAGAGAAGGAAGCGAAGCAACAUCGAGAAAUUGAAGAGAAGAUUGUGGAACAUUUAAGUGAAUGUCAAACUAAUUUUAUAGAAAAGAACACAAAUCCUGAGUAAGUAUUGUAUUGGAGAUGUAUAGGGAACAGUUGAUAGAAUGAACUAUUGGAACGAUGGAACAAAAGGACAAAAUCUUGCAAAUGUGAACAAAACCAGCUGGGAGAACUGGUGUUUUGUUUAAUGUUCUUUUUAAAUGUACUUAAUUUUAGUCUGGAUAAUUCUAAAUCUGAGCAGCAGUCAGGUUUUCGAGCUCCUCCUUGGUCCUGCUAAUGCCUAAUUAAAAAGCAACAUGGGAUCUUAUUGCUAAACAGAUGGAACUUAUUAUAACUGAGGAGAGCACAACGUUGCUUUUUUCAGUACAGAAAUGCUUCAUUGUCAUGGGAUAGGAGUAAAUCUAUCAAUACUGUUAAUGAGAUGUGAACUUCAGAAUAUUAACCUAUCAAAUAUUUUAUAGUUGUAGAGACUGGUGAAUACAAUAGAUAUCUUAACCCUGAUAUUAAAUAAAGCAAAGAUGUACCUA